AUGUCUGGACAUCCGCAUAAGGACAAGCAGGUGGGCCAGGUGACAGGCGUUUCUGUUCACAACAGGAGGAUUCAGAGCCCUGAGACAGAGGACCCAGAUCUCCUCUCUUACACACUCCCCUCACACUCCGAGUCUCUCUUCAAUUGUCUACAGAGCCUUUGGAAGGAAGGCCUGCUCAUAGAUUGCACUUUUCCCUUCCAAACCAACUCCUUCCAAGCUCACAGACUUGUGCUGGCAUCUGCCAGUCAUACCCCAGAGGCAUUUUUCUGUUUAAAACAAAAAACUGUGUUUGAAGUGGAUGAAAAAGCACAUUGUUUGACUGCAGUAGGGUUAAGAGCUGUUCUGGACUUUGCAUACUGCGGAGAUGUGGCCAUGGACUUCGGUAAAAGCGAGAUAAUGGAGGAAGUGUUGAAUGCUUGCAAAUGCCUAGAGAUGGAGCGCCUGAGGAGGAAAUGCAUGUCAAAGGUUGUGACCUCUGCAGCCACAGAAAUAGAGAAGAGUCUGGCUGUCAUCAGGGACUUGUGGGAAAGAGGAGUAGGAUGUGAUGUCACUAUACAAGCAGAGAGUGGAGAGAAAUACCCAGCACACCGUGUGGUGCUAGCAGCAGGUGGGGACUAUUUUCGGGCACUGCUCUGUGGAGGGCUACGAGAAUCCAGUGAGGAUGUUGUGUGCCUGCGGGGUGUGGCAUCCUGGGUCAUUGAAUCCAUACUGAGCUUCAUCUACACAGGUCAGCUCAGACUUGGCUGGAGGCAGAUUUGGGACCUCACAGAUGCACUACUGCAGUUCCAGCUGCAGGGGGCACUCUCUCUGUGCCUCGACUUCCUGCUUGGCAGAAUGGAUGAAAACACUUGUUUGGACGUGCUGGUCCUGGCUGAGACCUAUGGGUUAAUCCAGUUGGGCCAGGCUGCGGAGGAGUACAUCCUAGCCCACUUUCAGUGCAUCUCUGCUGGGGAGAAAUUCAAGGAUGUGCCAAGUCCCCUUCUGGACCGGCUGCUUGAGAAGGACUCACUGUGUGUAGAGAGUGAGAUUGUGGUGUUCAAUGCAGUAAUGAGCUGGGUAGAGGACAGCCCAAAGGAAAGACUACCACUUCUUCCAGGCUUACUCCUCCGAGUUCGCCUUCCCCUUCUCAGCAACACUGAGCUCCAGAAGGCACUGAGCUGUCGCCUCCUCUGCAGAAGCCCUGGGGCCAAAGAAGCAGUAGACGUUAUUCGAAGCCUCCUAAAGGGGGAUUACAGAGGGCCUCGUUGCCAACCUCGCGCUCCAAACCAUGUUCUGGUUCUGGUCGGUGGCGACUCUGUUGAUGAGGAAUUCAUGAGGAGGGUUCCCAACCAGACAUUGUGGUACGCUCACCAGCUCCACCGUGGACCUGGUCUAAUUAGAAGCAUAGAGUGGAAGCCAUUGGCCAAACUCCCUGAACCGGCGCGAUUCAGACACUCAGUGUGCCUCCUUAAAAACAAACUGUAUGUCCUGGGAGGACGCAAGUACUAUGGAGCACUGGACAUCCUCAAAUCUGCUUUAAGGUUUGAUCUUACCCAGUGUAAAUGGGAACGACUGCCUGACAUGCUGUGUCAAAGGGACUAUUUUUCCGCUGUGUGUCUGGAAGGAAAGGUGUUUGCGCUGGGUGGCAACCGUGACGACAGGCAAUAUCUGGAUGCUGUGGAGUACUACAGUCCUGAGGAAAAUACUUGGAGGCGGGCUCACUCUCUGGACACACCUGUCUGUGGCCACGCUGCAGCUGUACUGGAUGGGCAGAUCUACAUUUCAGGGGGCUGUGACCCCCAUCAGUGCUGCCUCCCCUCUAUGUGGCACUACCACCCUUCCCAUGGCUGUUCUCCUAGAGCGCACAUGACUGCCGGAGCAGGACGUGCAGGUCAUGUCAUGUUAGCCUUGGGGAAGGGGUUGCUGGUAGCUGGAGGGCUGCAGCCCCUCUGGAUGGGCUUUGGAGACCAACUCCACUGUGAGCUGUAUGAUCCCAAACACGACUCCUGGUCCUCUAUCCCCGCCCUGCCUCGGCCUCAUCUGUCACCAGGGGCAACUGUACUUGAUGGACGGUUGUAUGUUGUAGGAGGGUCUUCAGCAGACACAGCAAGGGAUACCCAGUGGGUGCAUCGCUAUGACCCCAAGGAGAAGUGCUGGGAAAAGCUUGGAGCUAUGCCACAUCCAUAUACAGAUCUGGCAGCUUGUUCCCUGCCACAUCUUCACCUUACUGAUUAA